CAAUCUGACAUUGACAUUUCUGCAUUUUGUUUGAUUUUUCGUCACAACAACGAGUCAUUUACGAAUAUCGAUUUAUUUUCUUUUCCUGCCAGAUCGCUGAAAUAAAAGUGUUGUAAAAUGGCUAACGAUACUCCUGAGAGCGAUUUCUCGAUAGAAUGUUUCCAGAAUUACUCAGCCCCAGAAGUUUUUGUACAGGGUUUGGCGGGGAUGGUGAAUCAGAACGAUGUCGAAACUAUCAUCCGUGCUCAGAAGAAUAUGUUGCAGCGUUUUGAGAAGACUACAGAAAUGUUGACAAACUGCAACCAGCUGUCUGCCAGCCGGCUGCGAGCUGCCUCCACCGAGUUCAAGAAGCACACGCAGCUGCUGCUGGAGAUGAGGAAAGAUCUGGAGUUUAUAUUCAAGAAGAUUAGAGCUAUUAAGACUAAAUUAAGCACCCAGUACCCAGAAGCAUACAAAUCAGCAGUAGCUGCAUCAAUAGCCAACAGACGCCCUGCAGAAGAAGAUGAUGAUGAAGACUUCAAACCAUCAGACUCCAGGACGGAAUCCAAAAUGGUUGCCACAGUCUCCACAGAAACUCUAAAACCUACCACCAGUGAAACUACAAAGAAAUCGAAGAAAAAGCCACUAACUACUGAUGAAAGUAAUAACAAUAAAGAACCCAGUGCUGCCAGUGCAGAAAAUCCAAAGAAUCUUGGUAGAAAAGUAAAGAGGAACAGUAGUUCUUCUGAGACGGAAAGUGCGAGUUCUGGUGAUGACAGCAGUACGGAUACUGGCUGAAAAGGUUGAAAUUAAUGUUUUUUUUAGAUCUUGCUUGCUGCAUAUGGGUAGCCUAAAAUGUUUGGCUAAAUCUGAGCAUAUUAUCUAAUGCCUUGUGCAAAAGGUUUAAUUGUUUAUGUAAAAUUAUAUUAAUAACUACCUUUGUCAAUUAAGACAUGCAAAGGACUUUUAUCUGCCUAAGUAAAGGGUGCAACUGUGUUCCAAGAAAUAUUAUGAUAUAGCUUAAGGUACUAGUCAGUAGAUAUAUUAGUACCUCUAUGGCAUCAUUCCUAUGUAUGCUUUGUUAUACUCAUUAACUCGAUAAGAUAUUAGGUAUAUGUUUUAUCAUGUAAAUAUGUAAGUUGUAAAAAAAAAAGAAUUAUCAACACCUGUACCAAGAGGUGAUUUGUCUUUUGAGGACAGUGUAAUUUCCUACCUUGACGUUGACAAAGUCUUCAAAUAAUGAAGGAACCAUAAAUAAAAGUGAAAACUAUUAUGAGACAAGUUAAUUGUCUAUACUUGAUAACAGUUUUGGUCUGGCUAGCUGUUGAUUAAAGCUUUUUGUAUAUUUGCUUAUAAUCGGGAAUGCGGGAAGUCGUGGUGGCCUAGUGGGCAAAGAACCAACCUCUCGAGUAUGAGGGCGCGGGUUCGAUUCCAGGUCAGGCAAGAACCAAUGCAACUUUUCUAAGUUUGUAUGUACUUUCUAAGUAUAUCUUAGACACCAAUGACUGUGUUUCGGAUGGCACGUUAAACUGUAUGUCCCGGCUGUCAUAGAACAUCCUUGGCAGUCGUUACGGGUAGUCAGAAGCCAGUAAGUCAGACACCAGUCUAACCAAGGGGUAUUGGGUUGCCCGGGUAACUGGGUUGAGGAGGUCAGGCAGGGCAGUCGCUCCUUGUAAAGCACUAGUACUCAGCUACAUCCGGUUAGACUGGAAGCCGACCCCAACAUAGUUUGGGAAAAAGGCUCGGAGGAUGAUGAUGUAUAUUUGCUUAUAAUAGUUUCUUCUACAUUUCCAGGCAAGUAAGUUUACCUCACUUAGAAUAAGACCCAUAACUCAAUAACAAAAUUGUCUCAUAUGUUCAGAACAAAUACUCACCCUCAAUUUUUUUUUGUCUUCCAUAUAAAAAAUAACUGCAUAAAUAUGUAUAAUUCUCAAUAUUCCAUUUAACAAUUUAUUAUUGACUACAAUGCUAAAAUUAUUUAUUUAAAAACCAAUACUUAUAAUGGAAUCAUGUAAAUAAAACGAAAAUUAUUAAAGAUUAUCAAAAUAUUA